AUGUCGGGAGUCUGGGGCUGGUUCGGCGGCGGUGCCGCGCAGAAGCGAAAGGACAGCCCAAAGAAUGCCAUCUUGGGUCUACGAGCGCAGCUGGACAUGUUACAGAAGCGCGAGAAGCAUUUACAGAACCAGAUGGAUGAGCAAGAUGCCAUAGCACGGAAGAAUGUCAACACAAACAAGAACGCUGCGAAGGCUGCACUAAAGCGCAAGAAGGCCCACGAGCACAGCCUUGAACAGACGCAAGCGCAGAUUGGAACCCUCGAACAGCAAAUAAAUGCUAUCGAAUCGGCGAACAUUAAUCGAGAGACCCUAGCGGCAAUGGAACGUGCUGGCGAGGCGAUGAAGCAAAUACAUGGCAAGCUGACGCCGGAGAAGGUGGACGAGACAAUGGACAAGCUUCGCGAACAGAAUGCCCUCAGCGAGGAGAUCGUCAAUGCCAUCACGAGCAACCAGAUCGGGGAGGCGAUCGACGAUGCCGACUUGGAAGACGAACUGGAGCAGAUGCAGCAGGAGCAGCUGGACGAGCAAAUGCUCAAAACAGGCACUGUCCCCGUAUCAGAUCAGAUCCAGCACAUGCCGGCAGCAGCAAAUGGAGAGAUCAAGGGCAAGCAGCAGGCAAUCGAGGAAGACGACGAAGAGGCAGAGCUCAGGAAGCUGCAGGCCGAGAUGGCCAUGUGA